AUGAGGGCGACGUUACCUCAAUGGUUUCUCGGGAAGCCUUAUUCCUUACAUCACCGUUAUCAUCAUCAUCAUCAUAGUACCACAAAGGGUCAAGUACUUGUAACGAUCUUUGCAUCCAUUCUGCUCAUUCUAGGAUUUAUGGGACAAAUUUCACCAGUUUUAGGCCAGUCCCUUUCAUUGGAAGUGAACCCAACAGGACCACGAGUUGAUUGGCCCGACAAUGAUCACAUGUUGAAUUUGGGAAUGUGGGUGGAUUAUGCCAUUUUCGUUGGUAUUGUUGCAGUUUGUAUCGUGUUGAUAGGCAUACUUCUGGAGUUAAUGGAUUGCAUUAUUUGGUGUUCCCGACGAGUUUGUAAUUGUUGUGGAGGCUCCAAAUUGGAGGGAUAUCACCCUUAUUCGGGACCUGCCUAUUCGAAAGGACGAAUUCGGUGCAUGGCUUCUAUGGUAAUUUCAACUUGUGUCAUGAUCGUGAUCGUGGGUGGUAUAUUUGUGGCCUUCAAUGCCUUAUUCACACUCAAUUUGAGAAAGGUAAUUACAACUGCAGAAUCAUCUCUUGCAAAUGUCAACAGAACCAUUAAUUCAGCAGUGGAUGCUACCAUCGACGGAGUUCCUAAAAGCGUUGCUUCCUCAAUUAAUAACAUUAAGCAAAAGACCAUUGUGCCAGCUAAACAAUUAUGUGACAAUUUACAAUCAAUUGAACCUCUCCUCACACAAGCCAAGGACACAAUGACAAUUAUUGGCUCCCAAGUUUCAUCCAUUGAUGACAACGUCAAUACCAUUACAAAUUUGGUCGGAACAGCAAGCACCAAAUUGAUCUAUAGACAAAGCUCUAUUGCCAAGCCAGACCCAAAUUUAUUGUCCUCCUUCACCAAUGGAAAUAACUUUUUACUGUACAAGGAUUCCACCAAUUCUGCCCUUGAUGAUGCCUAUGAUAAGGUCGUAUGGGCGCAUCAGACAUUCUCCUCGACACUUUCUGAUGCAGAGUCAAAAAUGGGAGAUACCAAGAAUGGAAUAUUUAAAUCUGCUAUUUCAACCAUUCAAUCUGGAAUUCUGAGAUUAUUGUCAGUUCCCCUAGAGUUGUUCAAGAAAAUUCCACCUGAUACCAUAACCGACGUCUCCCUCUACGUCAACAUUGGUGAUUCAGUGAGAAUAUCGAUCAAUGACCGUCAUUUUCGUAAUACCAUUAUCCAUGUACCUUUUUGCGUUGCUCGGAAUUUGUUUUAG